AUGGUAGCCCUGCUAGCAGUUUCUCAGUCCUCGCUGGGUCAAAUGGGAGCUACAAAGGACCCAAACCCUCCGCAAGGUAAUCCGCCUCCAGGCUUUCCGCCUCAAGGUAAUCCGCCUCCGGGAUUUCCGCCUCAAGACUUUCCACCACAAGGCUUUCCACCACAAGGUUUUCCUCCACAAGGCUUUCCGCCUGGAAUUAUCCCACGAGAUGCCCCACAAGAGCCUUCCCCAAAACUAUGGUUGCCCGAGGGCUUUGACCCGUCUUUUCCGGGGUUGCCUGGUAGUGGCCCUCAAGGUCCUCCCACUGGAGGUCCUGGACUCCCAGGUCAAGACCCCAACGCCCCGGUUGGUCAAGGUCCUAAUUUUCCCAGUGGCCAAGAUCCCGGGUUCCCCCAGCCGCCUCAAGAUCCUCAGGGUCCCAACAACGAGGAGACACUUGCGCCUCAACUCCUGCGAGAAGCUGCGCUCGAGGUCAUCGACCGCAAUGUAUGCCAUGAGGCAUACCUAUCUUCGCCAUCGCGAAUUUCGCAAAAUAUGAUUUGCGCAGGUGUGAGCGGAGCGGCCAAGGAUUCUUGCUAUGGAGAUAGUGGCGGUCCCCUUGUUGAUGCCAACUCCAAAACAUUGGUUGGUAUAGUAUCGUUUGGUCUUGGAUGUGCAAAUCCGGCUGCUCCUGGCGUUUACACCAAAGUCAGCAGCUAUCUUGACUUUAUUAACAACCCAAGCGGCGGCGGCAACCAGCCCCCAAACGACUUUCCCAACACUAUUCCGGGAGGCUGGCCGUUCUCCUAG